AUGACGUGAUUCGCACUUCACCCGGAUUGGUGGAGGUGUCAGGGGUCUCUUAACUAAGUUUCCUUCGCUGGACCUUACGAUCCUAUGCUUUAUACUAGGGUCCUUAUACCAAAAUUGCCUUUUCCUGGGUCGCUCACCUCUAUAAAUCUAUACGCGCAAAUUCAAGACAAUGGCGACUUCAUUCAGUGAGAUUCCGGUAAUAGACCUCUCACAAGCGGAUCACGACUCGACUAGACCCGAGUUGCUGACUAAUCUCCGCUAUGCUCUUACAGAAGUUGGGUUUCUAUAUGUGUCAAAUCACAGCGUCUCAUCGACGGUAGUUGACGAAUUAGUAAAUGCACUGCCUACUCUUUUUGAGUUAGAAGGCGAGGUCAAGAAAUCUGUCGCAUUGGAAAAUUCACCACACUUUCUGGGUUAUAGUGGUGUCGGAAGUGAGAACACGGGUGGCAAGACAGACAGGAGGGAACAGUUCGAGUAUGCGACAGAGUUGACGGCAACCUGGAAACCCGGUGUUCCCCUAUACGAGCGUUUGCGGGGUCCUAAUCAGUGGCCAGAAGGGCAUCCCAAACUCCGUGCCGUGGUAGAAGCUUAUAUACAAGAGCUUACACGACUAGGCGAUCGCUUCUUAGAUCUAGUUGCCCAAGCUCUUUCACUUUCUCCUGGGACAUUCCAGCCAUUUUUAUCAGACCAGCAUCGCUUGAAGUUGGUGCACUACCCUGCGCUCCCGGCUGGUGAUCCUGCCAUCUCGCAACAAGGCGUUGGACCACAUAAAGACUCCUCGGGGUGGUGGACGUUCCUACUCCAAGCAUCACCUCCUGAAGUGAAGGGGUUGCAAGUCCUCAAUAAAGUAGGGGCUUGGGUCGAUGUCCCAGUGGUUCCGGGUACUUUCGUAGUCAAUAUCGGCCAGGCUUUCGAAGUCGUUACCAAUGGCGUAUGUAAAGCGACGACACACCGGGUUCUCUCGGGUCCACACGAGCGAUACAGUGUGCCCUUCUUCCAGGGCGUUCGUCGAAAUCUCACUAAAGCGGAGGCCGUCGGGUCCCUACAAUCACACUUCAGUACGCUUAACAUCAGCAAGGAAUCCGACGAAGGACACGCGGUCGACUCUGCUUUCUUGAAGGGUAGAUAUGAUACUUGGGGAGAGUCGCAAUUACGAACGAAGGUGCGCAGCCAUCGCGAAAACGGAAAGAAGUUUUAUCCCGAGGUCUUUGACCAAUAUAUUCACGACGAUGCCUAAAAAUAGUUAAGAAGCCGAAAUCUCAUUUCAUUUACAGGAUUUAAGCAAAACAAGCA